AUGCGUGACGCUUGCAUGCCGUUAAAGAAAUGGGCAUCAAACUGUAGUGAAAUUCAAGAUCACGUCGAUAGCACGAAGUCGGGAGUUUCGCAACAUGAACUGAUUCGAGAUACCGAAGGUGACGAGACAGCUAGAGUACUCGGACUAACUUGGGACACCAGACCGGAUACACUGAAUUUCAAUGGACCGAACGUCCUCGAAGCACUCAGUCAAGUAGGCGACAGCAAACGCUCGGUGCUUCAGACAGUCGCGAAGAUCUUCGAUCCACUCGGACUGGCCGCACCGUUCGCUAUCAAGGCCAAAAUGGUAUUCCAACAACUUUGGCAGCAAGGUGUGGGGUGGGACAAGCCAAUACCGGACAGCGUCAAAUGUGACUGGGACUCCUGGAAAGCAGAACUGGCGGAUCUACUUAAUGUAUCUGUUCCACGGAACCUGAAGAGAGGUAUAGAGACGAUUACGUCAACACAACUUCAUCUUUUUAGCGAUGCGAGUCCACUAGCGUAUGGGACAUGUGCAUACCUCAGAUGUGAAGACUACGACGGUAACGUACAAUGUACGUUGAUUCUCUCUAAGGCUCGCCUAGCCCCUCUCAAGAAAUUAUCGCUUCCCAGGCUGGAGCUCAUGGGAGCUCUCAUUGCUGCCAGAACCGCAAAAUUUGUCAAACACGCGCUACGUAUGCCGUCUGUUCCGACAUAUUUCUGGGCGGACUCCAGCAUUGCACUCACUUGGAUAAAAGGACGAGCUGCAAGAUGGAAGGUUUUUGUGUGCAACCGCGUAACAGAGAUUCAGGCAACGUCGACAGCGGAUCAAUGGCGGUACUGCCCAGGAAAACAAAACCCCGCGGACUGUUUGACGCGGGGCAUGACAAUUCACGCAUUGUUAAGGAGCUCGCACUGGUGGGAAGGUCCCAACUGGCUCAAGGACGGAGAGUCUCAGUGGCCAAAAUUUGAUGCUCCGUCCCGGACUGAAGAAUCGAACAUGGAAGCCUGCAGUAACUCUUCGCAGGUGAUGCACGUGACUCUCGAAAAGGUAGAGCCCCUAAUGGAUAUCCAGGACUUUAGCAGCCACGUGAAACUACUACGAGUUACCGCUUGGGCUAGGCGGUUUAUUGACAGAUGCAAGAAGGCAGCUCAAUCAUCCGCACCGUGGAUUACCGCCGAGGAAAUCAAUGCAGCCGAUGAGUACUGGAUAAAGGUUGCUCAACAAGAGAGCUUCCCUCACGAGGUGCAGGAACUGAAACGUGGCUGCGCCAUUCCGAAGGCUUCCAAGAUUGGCAAGUUGCAACCCUACUUGGACAAGUAUGGGAUCAUGAGAUUAAAGGGACGCCUGGAAUUUUCACCAGAAACAGAGACUGUAAAGCACCCAAUAAUUUUAGACAAACGUCAUAGGCUGUCUUACCUGAUCGUUAACAGCGCACAUCGGCGGACCCAGCACGGCGGUGUCCAGGCCACUAUGAACGACGUUCGCGAAAGGUGGUGGGUUACGCAAGCUCGACAACUAACGAAAAGUGUACUUUCAAGGUGCGGUACGUGUCGACGUUUUCGAGCGCAGGCAGCGACGUCUCCGACGGCACCGCUGCCACUGGACCGAGUACAUCAAGGCCAUCCCUUCGAAACAGUGGGCAUAGACUUCGCCGGGCCACUGUACGUCUCGAGCAAGAAAAACUCCGAACGUCGCGUUAUUCACUUGUGCGACGUCAAGGGCAUUGCACUUGGAACUAGUGUCGGACCUCACCGUAGACUCCUUCCUGCUAGCUAUGCGCCGUUUUAUCGCUCGUCGCGGGACCCCAUCCACUAUUUACUCCGAUAA